GGAGUAAGGAGGCGUUUGAGAUGGAGCUCGGGGUUUCCGUUUCCGUCGCGGGUGUAUGUGAAGUGAGGAGUGAGUGUGAGAGAAACCUCCACUGCUGAUAUGGUUACCCCACUGUGAGGUCUGUAAAGCAAAGGGCCCAUGCUUGUCAAAGCUGACGUUUUUAUAUUUUAUUUUGUGUGGAUAACUAUGGCUCAGCUAUUGGCACAAGAGGAAAAGGAGAAAACUACAGCACUAAAAGAUUUGUUAUCCAGGAUAGAUUUAGACGAGCUGAUGAAGAAAGACGAACCUCCGCUCGUCUUCCCCGACACUUUGGAGGGGUUUGAAUAUGCUUUUAAUGAAGAUGGUCAGCUGCGACACACUACAACAGGAGAGCCAUUUGUCUUCAACUACAAGGAGGAUCUGCACAGGUGGAACCAGAAAAGAUAUGAAGCACUGGGAGAGAUCAUCACGCAAUAUGUGUACGAGCGCUUGGAGAAAGACUGCAAGCUGAGGAAAGAGAUGCUCCCAGUGGAUGCAACAGAGGAUGAACCAAAGAGUUUUAUCUAUCUGAGUGAGGAUGCGCAGACUAAUGCAGAUAAGCUGCUGGUUCUGAUUCAGGGCAGUGGUGUAGUUCGUGCGGGACAGUGGGCCAGACGCCUCAUCAUUAACGAAGACCUGAAUAGUGGGACCCAGAUUCCCUUCAUCAACAGAGCCAUGAAGGAGGGUUAUGGAGUGAUCGUGUUGAACCCCAAUGAAAACUUCCUGGAGGUGGAGAAGGUUCCAGAAGCUGAGCAGAGUGCGUCGGACACCUCAGAUGAGCCUGCAGAAAAACGAGAGCGCAAGGAGGAGAGGGAGGGAAAAAAGAAGAAAGACUUCUACGAGAAGUACCGCAACCCACAGAAGGAGCGAGAGACGGAGCGCAUCCCCAUACGGGAAAACAGUUCACCGGAGGAACACACACUCUACGUGUGGGACCACUUCAUUUCCAAAUCGCUCGCUGAAAACAUCUUUGUUGUUGCUCACAGCUACGGCGGCCUGUCUUUCGUGGAGUUGUUGAUCCAGAGGGAAGAUGAAGUGAAGUCUCGUGUGAGUGCGGUGGCCAUGACUGACUCUGUCCACAAUGUCUGGCACCAGGAGGCCAACAGGUCCAUCCAAGAAUGGCUCAAAGAGCGCUGCUGUAACUGGGUGUCGAGCUCAGAGCCUCUAGACACAGUGGUGGACCCCAUGCUCCCUGACUGCCUUCGCCUUUCAGCAGGCACUGAGAGGCAUGAGCUAACUUCAUGGAAAAGCUUCCACUCCAUCUUCAAGUUCUUCGACAAACACCUGGAGCAGCAGAUGGAGGAGGACGUGGAUGAAGAAGAGCCCUCCACCACAGUAACCACACGCGGCUCCAACCGAACCAAGCAUGAAGAUUUGUAGAACAUUCAGGGAUGUUCAAGAACAUCCAGAACCUUCUUCCUCAACCCUCUAUCAGUUUCCUUUCUUGCUCUUAAUGAAAAAUAACCCUCCUUCAGGCCCUCCUCCCAACACUUAUGUUUUGGAGUGCAGGGUCGGCAUGUAUACAUCAGAAUAGCGUUUUGCAUUACUUCUAGAUGAGCGCAACUGUCAAAGCAAUAUGGCUCCACUGCUUGUGCCUCCCCUGGGCUGCUGUGUGGAUUUUGUGGCGGCCCAUCGGUGGCCAGAUUAAGGAUGACAGGCGGCUCCGCACUGCGCCUCGCGGUGCACCUCUAAUUGUCCUGACAUGGCUCUGAACUGAGCUAAUGCCUGGGAAACACAUACACGCUCAUACACAUACUAUUGUCCCCCAGGUCCUAGAGCCCACUUGCAGCCCUCAAAGAGCUCUACCUUUUCCUUUUCAGCUUUUUUCACGCUCUUGCCUUGACCUGGGUUAAAUAUGUAUUUGAAGUGCUGCUGUGCUUUGGCCGUUUUCAUACUUCAAAUUCCAGACUUGUGGCCAAUUCUCGGAUUUGUUGAACGCCAUGACCCUAAUAGAACUCGCAAUACUCAAUGAUUUUGCUCAUGAAAGUACAUAUUUGACACAGAUCUUUCCUCACAGCAAGUAAUAAUUUGAGUAGUUGAUUUAUAAUCGUAUUAGCAUCCCCGGAAUUCCGAUUUGAACAGCGCAUCUGGAAGGAUGUCACGAAAGCCACGGAAGACAUCAUACUAUAGAUUUACAGAAGUCUUUACUGCUUUUAAAUCACUUAAAGCCACAUAGCAAGAGUGAGUUUUAGGGUAGCGCCUUUGAACAGAGAAGAUAAUUUAAUUCAGCAGUGUCAGAAUAUCAGUCGUGUCCUUCCUGCACGUCAGGAUUGGGAGGGUUAAUAUCCAAAGCAUAAAAGGAUUCCUUUAGAUGUUUGCACAAUGUAUCCUCCCUUUUUUCAGUGCUCACGCCUGUUAAAUCUCACAUCUUUAACAUCCUCUGCUCUCCCUAAAGCUCAUGUUAUGUCACUUUCUUGGAAUAAACAAAAGACUUUGUCUUCAGGACAAUGUGGAAUUAGUCAAGGCAUAGAGAUACGUCGCUCAAACGCAUCAGCACAUAACUCAAAAUAUAAUCUCCCCAUACUCUGACAAAUUCUAGAUCUUUGAAGGCUAUUUCAAUAUUUGCAAGCGUGAUUUGCAUAUUUUACAUGUAGUUUUAACCAAAAUAAAUGAGUGAUGUGAGGAUAUUUGAGAAGUGCACUAAAUAUAUCCAUAUUCAGGAACAUCAGAUGCUUUUAGGCUUUUUUGCUUAGAACUGUUUUUACCGCGGACUUGAAGUUUAAAGUCUUAAAAGCCUAGUAGACCUAAAAAUAUUCACAAUUUAUUUAACUUUAAUUGCAAGAUGUUGCUUAUUACAGCUCAAUUGGAGAAGCGAAAACCUUGGAAUUUGAAUAGUGUUGCCUUAGGAAUAAACAAGACAAAUUAAGUUCAUCUUCCCUUCUUUAGUUCAGUUUUUUUAAACUUGCUUUUUUUUCUAGCAUAGACUACUAAGCCAUAUGUGUGUGAGAAGUGCAGCCUUAAACCAAAUCAAAAUACAGGCCUACAUUUGAUAUGUAAAUUAUGGAUCAUUUUAACAGUUGCUAUUUUUUAAUCAAGUGAUUUCUACAUUUAUAUUGAGAAGUCAGAAUCACUUUGAAUGGGUGUAGGAUUUAUUGGUAAAUGAUUUAUUCAUCUUGUUUGAUGUUAUUUUGUGAGUUUUCUACUGUUGCACCGUCAUUAUUUCUGUCUUUAAAUGUAAUGCAAGUCAUUCUGAACUGUUAGAUGAUUGUCAGCCUUUGACAAAGUUGUGUUUUCAGUCUGUUGGGCUUUCAGCUUUGGAAUAUUUGUCCCACCUGAUUUAUUUGUUCUUCUUUUUCAUGAUGAUCUGCAAGAAACAUGGCUGUUAUGGAAUAAAUACUUUUUUAAGCUUAUGGCAUUACACCAUUUUUUUUUUUUUUUAACUUAGUCUACAUUCAGUUCUUGCCUUGGACAUGCAGUUCUAGAAAAAAACCUUCAGUAUGUUUAGAACUUUUACAGUGUGUUCAUGACUUUUAUUAAAUAAAUUAAUAAAACUU